UCAUGAUAUUAUUUAUUAUAUUUUCAAUUAAAUAUCAGAUACCCGAAUAUAACUGGACAGUGCAUGGAUAACUGUGUUGAUUAUGAGCAUGAUCACAGUUUCUGGGUUCACACAAUGACAACUGAAUGGGACCUGGUUUGUGAGAGGGUUGCUUUAAAAACUUUAGCUAAACUAAUUCUUUUCACAGGUUUUGCCCUUGGAUCCUUUGCCUCUGGUUUGAUUUCUGAUAGAUUUGGAAGAAAGACUGCAAUCUGGUAUUCUUCUAUCACAAUGGUUGUCUUUGGUGUUAUAACAUCAUUUAUACCUUGGUAUCCUGUGUUUGUGUUUACAUGGUGGGUUACUGGCACAAUGGCCAUUGCUUGCUACACUGCCGCCUUUGUUUGGACAAUGGAGUUGGCUACGGGCAAAUGGAAGAUCAUCUUGGGCAUGUCAAUGAACUAUUCUUGGCCCUUCUGUAGGCUUAUCAUUGCAGGUUUGGCCUACGUCCUGAGAGACUGGCAUUGGCAUCUCCGAAUAAUCUCCGCCAUGGUCGCCGUCGGAGCUGUUCUUCUCUUCUGGGUUCCUGAGUCUCCCAGGUGGUUGAUAGCUAAGUCUAGAACUGAUGAAGCUAAGAAGAUCUUGUUCUCUGCUGCUAAGAGGAACGGGAAGGAUAUUAAAGAGGAGGAUAUUGUGCUUAAGGUACAGGGUGUCCCAAAAAACAUGGGAAUUCAGUGACGAAUUGUAUAUCGU